AUGAGCGGUUACGUGAGUAACAAACUUCCCCUCUCCAUUUUCCCUCUGCGCUCUCUAAAACCUGCAAAACUCCAGAUUUUCUCGAGAAUCGUGAAGAAGAAGGAAAAUAUGUUGGCGUUGUUCGAGAAAGGAGUCGCAAAGAAACCGGUCAUGCUUUUCGGGAGUAUCGUGACACCGGCGGUGACAAAUGCCCCGGAGGAGCCGCCGACAAUCGAAUCCGUGGCUGCCAUUGAAGACGUCGCAAGGGGUUUUGAGGUCUACUAUCCGAACUCGCUCUGCAUCAAGAAUCUCCCUUCUUGUGUUAUGUCAUCCAAGCUGGAUCAAAAUAGCUUCAUCACUCCAAGCUCUCUUGUUGUCAAAGAUGAUGUUGUUUGUCUCUUUCACGGCCGAAUUGAGAACAGAGAGCUUUUGCAAAUGACACAUGUAUUGCAUGACGUUAGCAACGACGCAGCAACAGUGAGCACAUUGUACAGCAGGUUUAAAUCACAAGGAGACGAAUGGUACAAUGUUGUCCGGCGUUUCCAGGGAAACUUUAGCUUCGUAAUCUAUGAUGCAUGGACUAAGCAAUUCUUCGUUUCCACGGAUCCUAGAGGCGCUGCAGCUCAAUGCUUUUGGGGAACAGAUUCGCAUGGAAAUUUGGUGUUUUCAACAAACUGGCAAAUUUCCAAAGCUGCAUCCGCCAAGUUUUACGGCAGUGUCACGGGAGGCUGCUUUGUGGCAACCGGAAAAGGAUUGAGAAGACUUGAGAGCCCAAAUACUCAACUAGUGGUGAAAGAAGUGGUGGCUUCAUCUUGA